CGGUGGCGGUGGAGGCGGUGGGGGGAGCAAGGCUGGGAGCAACAAGGGCGAGGGUGAUGAGGAGGAAAUGAGCUUGCAGAUGCGAAUUGCAGCAACGCCUGUCGGGGCUAUGGUGCGGCUGUACAGGGACGAGCUCAGGGAGCGCAGAGCGCUGUCCAAGGUCGAGCUCCGUAAGUAUGUUCUGGGCGUACUGGCCGACGAUGAGGCUGCAAGGGCGGAGGCGCCGGCCUCGCUGGAGAGCGCAUACGCGUUGGUGGUAGCGGAGAACAAGGCCGACUUUAUCAAGGUUGCGGCCAUUGAUCCGCGCUGGCUCAUCGAAGACUUGGAGUUUGCGCCGUAUCUGCCGGCACCUGCCGAUGGGGCGGCCGAUCCGGAUCGGACGGCGGUACUCGAGGUGCUGGCAGAUGAUGUGGAGGCCCUGCUCAAGGCCCCGCAUCGCGAGUUUUGGUGCCACGUGCUAUUGGAUCCCAAGCUGAAGGAGGCGGUUGACACGUUCCUGCGCUUUGCGCCGCGGGCGUGGGAUGUGUUCUUUGUGUCGGGUGCAGCGGCGCCCGACGCCAACGGAGCCUUGGUGCUUGCUGGCGGCGACGCCGAGACGGCAGCAGCGGAGGAGCGGGUCUUCCGGGCGAUGGCAGCAACGCUACUGCGUAUGUCGACGCGGAAAGAGAGCGAGACGGCAUUCUUUUCAGCGGGCGCCUUUGCUGACACGCUCUACGAGAACUGGGUGUUUGACGUGCCCAAGCUGUUGGAUAUUGCGGCGGUGUACGGGCCGCGCAACAGGGAUUUUGUGGCACGACUUGUGGGCGCGGUCAUCAACGAGCAGCCGGCGUACCUGGACGACUGGCUCGGCGCGACAGUGGCCAUCUGCGGGGCGCUGGAGGAUGCGCGUGCGCGCGGACUGAGCGCCGCCGGCGCAGAUGCGAUUGACACGCUGCGGUUUGUGGCUGACACAGUCGGCUCACUGGCUGCGCUGCAGGACGCGUCGCCGCUGUUCUCAGCAGCACUCGGGGAGCAUCACGAGCUCAUCACCGAGCUCGCCGCACUGUACACGCAGGCUCUCUCGCCGCUAGAGGCCGCGGCGGCGAGUGUGACUGGUGGCUCGCCGUCAAACCUGCGGCUGGACCUUGCGCUGGACCAUGUGCGGACGUCCAUCCUUCACAUUUUGCACUGCGUGUUUGAGCGUGAGUUCCUCGACGUCCUCCUCAAGCGGCGGCUGUCGUCGACGGCGUCGAAGCGCGGCGGGCUCGCUGGCGUCGAAGCGAGCUUCCGGCGCCUUGUGGGCCACUUUGUGGAGGCGUACCUGGACUUGCUCAGUGCGGUUGAGCGCAAGUAUUUGCUUUCGUGGAGUCUGGUCCGUGUGGCUGAGGCAUGGGAGAAGGAAGUCGAGGUGGCGGCGGCGUGGGCGUCGAUGGCCGACCUUGUGGCGUCGGCAGCAGCGUCGCAGAAUCCCAACUACAUCGAAGCGUCGCCAGCAUGGCCUGGCCCGCCCAAGACGCCGAGCUCGCGGCGGACGCCUGGGCAUGGUGGGCAGACUGCAUUUGCCCACCUUGACACCAAGAGCAUCGAAGAAGUGCGGGCGAUCUUCCCCGAACUGGGCGAGGGCUUUGUCUCGGCCUGCCUCUCGACGUACGGUGGGCAGGCGUCCGCGGUGAUCGACGCCUUGCUGGAGGGCACGCUCCCGCCGGCGCUUGACGAGCUCGAGCGGAGCAUGGGCAUGGACGGGCUCGAUGCGUUUGCCGCCGAGCACGGUGGGCCGUCUGGCGGCGGCGACGACAGCGAUGCUGCCGGCCCGUCGGGCGACGGCGAUGACGAUACUGGCGCACGACGCAAUGUGUUUGACUGGGAGGAGCUCCAGUACGGCAAGCUGUACUCGGGCAAGCACGGUGGGAGCCAGAGCGACGACGAAGGCCUCGACGACGACCUGCGGGCGCGAAUCGUGGCCAUGACACGAGUCGAUGCGCUGCAAGAUUUGUACAACGACGAGUACGACGACUCGUUUGACCAGCUCUCUGUCACCAAGUUCCAUGUCGCCGAUGGCGGCACGGUGGACUCGGAGCGCGUUGGUGCCGGCCGGCCGUCGUCGCCUCCAGAUGGUGGGCGGCGUGGUCGUGGCCAGGGAUCGAGCAAGGCCAAGGGCCAAGGUCAGGGUCAGGGCAAGGGCAAGGGCAACAGCAACAAGGGUAAGGGCCAGAAUCAGGGCCAGGGUCAGGGCAAGGGCAAAGGCAACGGCCAAGGCCAGGGUCAGGGCAAGGGCAAGGGCAACAGCAACAAGGGUCAGGGUCAGAAUCAGGGCCAGGGUCAGGGCAAGGGCAAAGGCAACGGCCAGAGUCAAGGUCAGGGUCAGGGCAAGGGCAAGGGCAACAGCAACGGCAAGGGCAACGGCAAGGGAAAGGGCAACGGCAAGGGUCAAGGCCAAGGUGAGGGCACAGCGCCGAGCCAAAGAACCGCCCGGAGGCAGCAGACCAACCGUCGCAACCAUCGGCGCCGCCAGGCUGACAAAAAGCGCGCCAUCAAGUAG